AUGGCAGGUAAAAUAUAAAAUGAGUCUUUAGAUCAAUUAGAAGAGAGAGCAUAAAGAAUUUUCGGAAAGUUAUAAUCAAUACAAAAUAACGUAGAGGGGGAGAAAUAAUAAAAAUUCAAAUUGAUAUUGGGAUAUCUACAGAGUGUUGAAUCUGCAAUUGAAGAUGUUUAAUAAUAGAAAAAUUAAAAGUUUUUAGAUAUUGCAGAAAAACUAUAAAGAUUAAAAUCUAUGUUGGAUACAGAAAAAGAGGCUAGAGAUCAAAUCAAUGAAAAAAUGAAAAAAGAAAUAUUAUCAGUUGAAAAGAAUUGUAAAACACUUUUGAAUAGUUUCAGCAAAGAAAGAUUGGAAACUGAGAAGAGAGUGUUUUAAAAUCUUUCUUAAUAAGUCGAUUAAUUGUCAACAGAAAUUUAAAAAGAAUUUCAUUAAAAGUCUGAGACUUAAAAUAAAUUACUAGAAAUCUAAAAUGAUUAAAUCCCAUAAUUCUACUAAGAAAUUGAAUAAGAGAUUAGAAUCAGAGAAGAAAUUGAAGAGAAAAUAGCUCAAUAAUUCAAUGAAUAAUUGGAUGAAUUGAAAAGAAUAUUUGAUAGUUAAUAAAAGUAAAGAGAAUAAAGAGAAGAAGAAAUAAUUGGAAUAUUAAAGAAGAUAUACUAGAAUGCUUAUGAAGCUUGCAAAAGAAAUAGAGCAGAUAGAGAAAGAAAUGAAGAAUUAUUAGUUAAAUUAGUUGAAUAAGUAGUUGAAAAAAUUAAAAGAGAGAUAGUCGAUUCUGAUUUUUGAAAUAACAUUAUUAAAUAUAAAUAAUAUUAUUUUGAA